GAGAUAAGCGCGAGAUACUCAUAUAUAUCAAAGUAACGUCUAUUACUGCACCAUACUACACGACUGAAGAAGACAAGAUGCCAGGCUGGUGCUCAGCGUACUCCUGCUCAAACGAGCGAACCAUUUCAAACAGAAGCAGGGGGAUUACUUUUCACAAAAAAUGAAUGAGUGGAGUGCUCUGGCGAAAGUCUAUGACCCCCUUAAAGCUGGCAGCAUCGACAGCACCGACGUCGAGCCCCAUGACCGUGCCAUAUGGCGGGCGAUGAAUGCCCGUUAUCAGCCCAAUAAAGGUGUAACAGGUGAUGCUCAACUCACACUUUUUGUCGCACGUCUUAACAAAAUGACAACCGAAAAAGACCUUCACGUUGUUUUCUCCAAAUUUGGUGACAUCCGACGACUGCGGCUCGUCCGGGAUGCCGUGACGGGCUUCUCCAAAGGCUACGCCUUUGUGGAGUACAAGGAGGAACGUUCUCUAAUGAGAGCAUGGAGAGAUGGCAACAAGGUAGUCAUCGACCAGCACGAGGUCUUUGUGGACUUUGAGCAGGAGCGCACGUUGCAGGGAUGGGUACCGAGGAGACUUGGUGGUGGCCUGGGAGGAAAGAAAGAGUCAGGCCAGCUGAGGUUUGGAGGCAGAGACAGACCAUUCAGGAGACCCAUAAACCUGCCUAGUGCAUUGCCCAGGCCAGCUGACCGGUGGAGAGAAGAGAGACAGAGAGAUGGCAGAAGAGACACCUCUCCAGGUUGGGACAGAGAACAUGGGCGACAACGGGAUCGGAGGGACGAAUGUGAUCGUGGGAACGAGCGAGGUGGUCGGGAUUACCAUAAAGACAGGAGGGACUCCAGACGAUAUAGGGACAGGAGUAGUGAGCGAGAAUCCAACCGAGGAAAGGAUGAGAGGAGAUAUCGGGACUCUUACAGAGAUUCGGAUAAAAGAUGAUUCAUGUUUGUUAAACUUCCUGGUUUUCAUAAGCAUUGUUUUUCGUCUUGGUGAAAUAAUAUUAAAUUAACAAGAUUUCCAGGAAGUUGUUUAAUUUGCAGCAUGUGGUUGUUACAUUAGCCAGGAUCCUGUAUUCAUCCAGAUGAUCUAUCUUAACAACCCUAAAAAAGUGAGACAUUGAAUAAUUAUAACUUUAAUAAAUUCAGUUAUCUGAAAUAUAGGAAGAAAAGCCACAAUGACGGUGUGAUGUAUCAAAUAUUUUAAUGGCCAAUGAGAUGAAAUUAUGCAGCAUUCUUCGUUAUCCUUCAUUAAAGAUCUGUAGUGUGGUACAUUCAUCAUAAAGAAACUCCUGAAAGCUUUUACAACCACACAGGAUGCAUAAUUUUUUUAAAAAAUGAGUAAAAUCACUGGCAAGGAUUCCAUGCUCACAAAGAAGCGUUUGUCACCAUGUUGCUGGAACUGCGUUGGCAUUUUCAUGCUUUGACUAAACAACUCAAGGAACUGCCAGUAUAAGCACCACACGUGAUAAGAAUGCAGAACAGCUGGUGUGGGACAUUUGCUGAUGUGACUCUUGGGAGAGUCUGGAAUGCCCAGACACUCGUUUAUCAUUUAUAUAGCAGAACUUGGUAAUAACACACACACCUACAUAUUCCAUGUUUUUUUCCUCAUAAUUACUGUGCAAAAUGUAGGUUUAAACCUGGAAAACGCCACCUUUUAUUGGCAAUGCACAAUCCCAUUAUGGGCAUUCUUUAUGACAAUAAAACCGGGUUAGCUUUCAUUAA